AUGUUAUUUGAAGAAAUUUGUCAUGUUUUAGUGAUUGGUGCAGUUGAAGCAGACAUUAAAGAAGGUGAUGAUGAUCUACCAGCAGAGCCAGAAGAUAAUGAUACAAAAGAUUACGAUGAUGAAGGAGGAGGUGCCUCUGAUUCUGGUAAUCAAGAAAUGUUUGAUGAAUUAGCAGCAGACAUAUCAUAUAAUAGAAGAACCUCAAGAGAAAUGUUAUAUUAUAAUCAAAAUGAAAAUAAGUGA